CCUGUCUUCGGUUCUCGGACUCCUACCGUCUCCCAGAGGCGAAAAAACGAGCGGGGCCGACUCCUUCCCUUCGUAGGAGGGAGCUUUGCUCUCCAGCAUCGUACUCUCGGUGGUCCGAGCAAAGGCUUGAGCGCGCGGGUCCUGAGAGGGUUCGUGGCGGAGGGAGGUGGGAAGAAAACGACCAUAGUUUAGGUGCAAUGCAAAGGGCUUCACGGCUGAAGAGAGAGCUGCAGUUAAUGGCCACAGAACCACCCCCAGGAAUUACCUGCUGGCAGAAUGUAAAUCUAAAUGAUCUUCGAGCCCAAAUACUAGGUUGUACAAAUACCCCAUACGAAAAAGGAGUUUUUGCUUUGGAAGUAAUUGUUCCUGAAAGGUAUCCAUUUGAACCUCCAAAAAUGCGCUUUCUUACUCCCAUUUAUCAUCCCAACAUUGAUUCAGCUGGAAGAAUUUGCCUGGAUGUUCUUAGAUUACCACCCAAGGGUGCUUGGAGGCCAUCCCUGAACAUUGCUACUUUGCUAACUUCCAUCCAGAUCCUCAUGAAUGAACCUAAUCCUGAUGACCCUCUCAUGGCUGACAUAUCUUCAGAGUAUAAAUACAACAAGCAAGCAUUUCUCAAAAAUGCCAGACAAUGGACAGAAAAAUAUGCAAGCCAGACAACAAUGCCUUUAGAAAUCACCAAUGAAGAGAAUCACAAAAGCCAGGCUGAGUUCCCAAAAGAUUCCAGUAUUUCCCAGAAGAGGAAAGGAAGCAAUAUCAGUGGAUUGUCCAAAAAAUGUCGCUUAGAAACAUAAUGAUUUCCUGCUAUAGUAUUUCAGUGGCUGUUACUGUUCGUUCUUAAUCUAAUUUUCCAUCUUUUAAAUAGGCUUAAUGGAAUUGUUUAUUCAUUUUGUAAUGGUAGUCUUGCUGUAUCAGUGACAUGAUGUUUAGUAUGGCAUAUGUCUGUUUUUAAAAAAAAUAAUAAAAUCUUACAUUAUUUCUGUAACAUACUUUAAAUCUUUCCAUAAAGAGUAUGUUCCACUGCACUUUAUGUAUAUUUAGAAUGAAAGCAAGAAUACAUAAUAAUUGGAAUUUCUUAUGACUGAUGUUAUGAUUGGAUUGUAAACAGUUUCUUUUGACAGUUAAAAAGUUGUGUGGUUUCUUCAUCUUCACUUGCCACAGUAUGAAUAAAUAUAAAAAGGUAUAUAUUUUGAUGUUCUUCAGCUGUUUUGUAAGUCAUAGUCUAUUUUUGGCAAGCUGCAUAUUCAUCUGAACAUUUCAAUCUUUCAAGGUGAAUACAUACAUACAUAUACAGUAUUUAAUCUAUAAGCAUAUUUUCAUUAGUAGGAAAAAAUAAUUGAUUAGAUGGAGAGAGGAAAUGUCAGAACCAUAUGAAUCCUUGAAAUUUAAAUCCCUGGACCGUGGGGAUUUUUCACACCUGACUUUUAGCUUUCUUUUUAGCAGAUCUACAGUAUAUUUUAUGUGAUAUGAAAUUACACUGCAGAAAAGUUGCUGGUAUACAGACAACAUUAAAGAAAUUCCAAUUGUUUUAUAUAGUUUGGGAAUCUAAAUGU